GGCGGCCGGAAGUAGCCGAAGCGAGCGGCGGAAGUAGCCGAAGCGGCCGGAGCGGGCGGGCGGCAAGGCGAGGCGAGAGCUGCACAGGGCCCUACGCGGCCGCCUCAGCAUGUCGGACUUCGACGAGUUCGAGCGGCAGCUCAACGAGAAUAAGCAAGAGCGGGAUAAGGAGAACCGCCACCGGAAGCGCAGCCACAGCCGUUCUCGAAGCCGGGACCGCAAGCGCCGGAGCCGGAGCCGGGACCGGCGAAACCGGGACCAGCGGAGCGCCUCCCGCGACAGGAGGCGAAGAAGCAAACCUUUGACCAGAGGCGCUAAAGAGGAGCACGGUGGACUGAUUCGUUCCCCUCGCCAUGAGAAGAAGAAGAAGGUCCGUAAAUACUGGGACGUGCCACCGCCCGGCUUCGAGCACAUCACGCCCAUGCAGUAUAAGGCUAUGCAAGCCGCGGGUCAGAUUCCAGCCACCGCCCUUCUCCCCACCAUGACCCCUGAUGGUCUGGCCGUGACCCCGACGCCGGUGCCCGUGGUCGGGAGCCAGAUGACCAGACAGGCCCGGCGCCUCUACGUGGGCAACAUCCCCUUUGGCAUAACUGAGGAGGCCAUGAUGGAUUUCUUCAACGCCCAGAUGCGCCUCGGGGGGCUGACUCAGGCCCCCGGCAACCCGGUCUUGGCUGUGCAGAUUAACCAGGACAAGAACUUUGCCUUCUUGGAGUUCCGCUCAGUGGACGAGACUACCCAGGCUAUGGCCUUCGAUGGCAUCAUCUUUCAGGGCCAGUCACUGAAGAUCCGCAGGCCUCAUGACUACCAGCCCCUGCCUGGCAUGUCGGAGAACCCCUCUGUCUAUGUGCCUGGAGUUGUGUCCACCGUGGUCCCGGACUCUGCCCACAAGCUGUUCAUCGGGGGCUUACCCAACUACCUGAAUGAUGACCAGGUGAAGGAGCUGCUCACCUCGUUUGGGCCUCUCAAGGCCUUCAACCUGGUCAAGGACAGCGCCACGGGGCUCUCCAAGGGCUACGCCUUCUGUGAGUACGUGGACAUCAACGUCACGGAUCAGGCCAUUGCGGGGCUGAACGGGAUGCAGCUGGGGGAUAAGAAACUGCUCGUCCAGAGGGCAAGUGUGGGAGCCAAGAAUGCCACGCUGGUGAGCCCCCCGAGCACCAUCAACCAGACCCCCGUGACCCUGCAAGUGCCGGGCCUGAUGAGCUCCCAGGUGCAGAUGGGCGGCCACCCGACCGAGGUCUUGUGCCUCAUGAACAUGGUGCUGCCCGAGGAGCUGCUGGACGAUGAGGAGUAUGAGGAGAUUGUGGAGGACGUGCGCGACGAGUGCAGCAAGUACGGGCUUGUCAAGUCCAUCGAGAUUCCCCGGCCUGUGGACGGCGUCGAGGUGCCUGGCUGCGGAAAGAUCUUUGUGGAGUUCACCUCUGUGUUUGACUGCCAGAAAGCCAUGCAGGGCCUGACGGGUCGCAAGUUCGCCAACAGAGUGGUUGUCACAAAAUAUUGUGACCCCGACUCUUACCACCGCCGGGACUUCUGGUAGAGGCCGUGGGGGAGGGCGGGGGCAGGGCUGGCUGGGGGCUUCUCCCCCUCCCGCCCCCCCUCUUUUCCCUCUCUGAAGAUGAUGGGCAGAGGAGUGACAGCCGAAUGACAGCCGGCAGCAACUGGAAUGGCAGCAACUAAGGGU